CAGUUCCGUGUUUGUCCCACGUGGUUUCAAAGAGCAAGAAGCAGGAGCCGACGGAAAGAGCUGGGGUGUGUGGUCCAGUGUGAGCACGCCGCCCCACCUCCCUGGACCUCCUCCGACCCGCCUCUCCAGGAUGCAGUCAGGGGUGGAGCCACUCAGCUCCCCAAAUCUGGCCGGCCACGGCUUGCACAGGGAGGCAGGAUCCGUCCUUGUGGAUCUGGAGGCUACAGAGGAAUCCAUGGCUCGGAGCCUGAGCAGACCCGUCAAAUCCUCAAAGCAGUACCUGCGGCAGGUCAUCUCAGAGUAUGAGGCACUGGAUCGGGAGCUCCCGUGUAUCCGAAAGUUUGCAGCACCGCCCUCUGCCCAGCCCCUCUGCCUAUGCAUGGAGACUUCGGAGGAUUUCACGCACCUGGAGGUGCUGGAGGCUCUGGAGGCGGAGAUGCCCGGGGCCAUGGAGAGUGGGCGUGUGAGCAGCAUCCGGUAUGAGAACAUGAAUGUCAUUUGCGGGACGGCCGGCCGCAGAGACAGAUGGCUCAUCACCGUCACAGACUUCCAAACGCGCUCGCGCCUGCUGCGCUCGGGACUCCGUCUCCGCGGAAUCGCUUACCCACUAGUGCGCCACGACGAUCUGCUGCUGGGCGACUACCGCCUUCACCUGCGCCGAUCCCUAGUCCGACGGCGAAUGCUCCAAGCUCUGGGAGCGGAGCCGGUCGAAGAAGAUUGACGAAUGGCGGGGGCGGGUCCCAGAUGCGCCCCGCCCCCAGACCUGCCGCUUGUAAGGGGUGUGGCCUCCCUAGG